UUACAGCUGUAUUCACGUCCUCUCUUUCCUCAAAAAUUCCUUUUUAUAAUACAUUUAUUUUACUAAUAAUUUAUUUUCUUUUCAUUUAUUUAAAUAAAAAAUCUAUUUAAAAAUGAUUUACAAAGAAACGUUCGCCGUUUAUUUCGAGAAAAUUAUUGAAAAAAAAUCCUUUUGGGUACAAUUACAAUAUUUAGUUACUAUACAUAUAAAUUAGAGAAAAGAACAAAAAAAAAUCUGAAAAAUGUAAGAGAAAGACAGACAGAGAUUUUAUGAAAUGGAAGAAAAACAAUAAAAUGAAAAAAAAACAAUGGAAAAGCGAGCUUCUUAAUCCUCGUGAUCUGCGAAAGACUCUUACGUGAAAACCCAGAUUUGCCUUUAAAGCCUUUUGAUUUUGUUCCUUAUUAUUAUUCAUUGUUCUUUAACUCACAAUCAUUGUUGGACAUUAUAUAAAAAGCUUGGCUUUUUAUGUGGGGAAGGAGAAAAAGAGAAUUCAUCUUGGGGGAUAAAAGCUGAAAAAGGGAAGGAUUUUUAAUGUUUUUGUUUCUGGGAAAUUUGUUUCCUUCAACUUCUGUAUGAAGAAAAAGCUUCAUUCAAAGAUCGCCUAGCAAGCAAUAAUCUUUGUUACAGCAUGCUUCUGAGUUUGUUUUGGGCAUCUAAUCUUCACUUGCCUGAUGAAAUGACAGGUUCAUUGAGUUGUCGGAGCUUAAAGCUUUUUAUACGAUGGGGAAAUAUUUGUGACAAUAAUGGAUCCUCAGGCUUUCAUUAGGUUGUCAAUAGGCUCACUAGGUCUGAGGAUUCCAGGUCCAGCCCUGAAAUCUUCAAAAGCUGGAAUUCAUGCAUUCUCUGCCCCAUGUUCAUGUGAGAUACGGCUCCGAGGUUUCCCUGUCCAAACAACAACAAUUCCUUUAGUGUCCUCCUCCGAAGUUACACCUGACGUUCACAGUAUUGCCUCUAGCUUUUAUUUAGAAGAGUCUGAUUUGAAGGCUUUGCUAACACCUGGCUGUUUCUAUAACCACCGUGCUUAUUUGGAGAUCACUGUCUUCAUGGGGAGAAAGGGGACGCAUUUUGGUGUCGGAGUCAAGAGACAGCAGAUUGGGACAUUCAAGUUGGCGGUGGGUCCUGAAUGGGGUGAAGGGAAGCCAGUUAUUCUUUUCAAUGGAUGGAUCGGGAUUGGUAAAAACAAGCAUGAAAAUGGAAAACCAGUAGCAGAACUUCAUUUGAGAGUACAACUAGAUCCUGAUCCAAGAUAUGUAUUCCAGUUUGAAGAUGUGACGAUGCUAAGUCCUCAGAUUGUACAGCUUCAAGGUUCUGUAAAACAACCGAUUUUCAGUUGCAAAUUCAGUCGAGACAGGGCAUCACAGGUUGACCUAUUAAACGCUUACUGGCCAGGUUCUGCUGACAAUUUAGACAUAGAGACCAGUAGAAGAGAGAGGAAAGGAUGGAAGGUGAAGAUACAUGAUCUGUCCGGCUCGGCUGUUGCAGCAGCCUUCAUAACCACUCCCUUUGUGCCCUCAACAGGUUGUGAUUGGGUUGCCAAGUCCAACCCGGGAGCUUGGUUGAUUCUACGUCCUGAUGUUGUCAGGCCAGAGAGCUGGCUACCUUGGGGAAAACUUGAGGCAUGGCGUGAGCGUGGCAUCAGAGACGCCGUAUGCUGCCGAUUUCACCUCUUGUCCGAAGCUCAGGAUGGAGCAGAGGUUCUCAUGUCUGAGAUACGUAUUAGUGCUGAAAAGGGUGGGGAAUUUUUUAUCGACACCGAUAGAUUAAUGCGGCAGGCACCAACUCCAAUACCAAGUCCACAAAGCAGUGGAGACUUUUCAGCACUAAGUCCGAUCUCUGGUGGCUUUGUAAUGAGCUGCAGAGUCCAAGGGGAAAGUAAGAACAGCAAGCCAUUAGUGCAACUGGCCAUGCGACACGUGACAUGCAUAGAAGAUGCUGCCAUCUUCAUGGCCCUCGCAGCAGCUGUUGACUUAAGCAUCGAGGCAUGCAAGCCUUUCCGAAGAAAGUUUAGGAGAGGCUCCCGAGGCUCUCGCCAUUCUUUAUGAAAAAAAGAACAAAGAACUAAGGUGAUUUGUUUCCAUGAACAAAGUAUAGCUCUAUAUUUGCUUUCAUUUCUGUAUAAUUUGGCAUUGUGUAUAGGAUAUUUUGGUUUAGGUUUGUUCAAAAUAUUGUUUAUGGUGUCAGUACAGCUAUAAAUGACACCUAUCUAAUCUAUCCAGUCUUCAAGCUGUGGACUUUGUACAAGCUGCUGAGCUUUUUCCAUUUUUGGUCUAAGGAACUCCCGGAAUCCAGUAGUCACAUUGGGUUCCAAUUAUUCAACUUUCAAAGGUUAUCUUGUUUAAGAAGCAUUGAGCUUUGCUGACUUCUAAAGGGUCAGAAGAUGCUCAUACAUAAGCUCUGCAAGUUGCCUAGUUUUGCAUAUAAACUCAUAAAAACAAGCAUGGAUUCCCAUUUUCUUCCACAAAUAAGUGAAAAAACCAGAUAUUAAGUACUCAAGAAAACAACAUUGGUAUUUGCAGAAUCAGUUUCAGAUAACAGGCAAGAUUCCAAGUUCCAAAAGACAUCUUACCUGGUUGUAGCUAGAAAUAGAAACAUACGAACUUAUAACCAUCUAUGUCAAUUUUUUUUAUGGUAACUACAGCCACUUAAAAGAAGCUGUCACUAAGCCUCUGUUGUUUGAAACAACUUUUCAACUUCGGUGAUGGUGCUGCGAGCAUCUUCGAAUUCAGGGCCUUCCUUCUCAUUCGCUUC